AUGAUGUCUUUGGCAAGCAGAAGCAAUCUUAUACAUCUAUCAGAACGUAAGAAUAUUUGGGGCAGAAAUCCAUUAGAUUCAUGUCUUCCUCGACCAGUCAUCGUACGAGCACAAAAAAACGCUGCUAAAAAUGUUGCUUCUAGUGAACGAGGGCAAAUUGCAAGAAUCAGUAAGAUGUUUGACAAGGCUGAGCUAUCGAUUUCUUCUUAUGACACUGCGUGGGUGGCUAUGGUGCCGUCUAGGGACUGUCCUCAAAGCCCGUGUUUUCCUGAAUGCCUGGAUUGGGUAUUGCAAAAUCAGCACCCAGAUGGGUCAUGGUGCCUCCUUCCAAACCAUCCAUUACUAAUUAAAGACUCCCUUUCUUCAACAUUGGCAUGUAUAGUUGCCCUCCAAAAGUGGAAAGUCGGAGAAUUACUGGUAAAACGAGGCCUCGACUUCAUUCGGUCAAAUAGUUGGUCUGCAAAUGACAAGAAUCAGUAUUCUCCAAUGGGGUUUAAUGUGAUAUUUCCUGGCAUGAUUAAGUAUGCCAAGGAUUUGGAACUAAAUCUUCCUUUAGACUCAACUUUUGUGGACACAAUGCAUCACAAGCAAGAUUUGGAAAUCAAGGCAAACAGAGGCCGUCUAGAUUAUUUUGCUGAAGGAUUUGGCGAAUCAUAUAACUGGAAGAACGCCAUGAUACACCAAAGAAGUAAUGGGUCGCUCUUUAAUUCACCAGCCACAACUGCAGCUGGUUUGAUUCACCUUCAUGAUCAUAAAAGCUUCGAGUACUUACAGAAGAUUUUGGAAGUAUACAAAAAUGCAGUUCCUACAAUUUAUCCACUCGAUAUCUACAGUGGGCUCUGCAUGGUUGAUCGUUUUGUGAGAUUGGGCAUAGAUCGAUAUUUCAAAAAUGAGAUAGAAAGCAUUCUCCAUGAAACUUACAGGUGCUGGAUACAGAGGAGUGAAGAGAUACUUCUGGACAUCACUACUUGUGCCAUGGCAUUUCGCCUGCUACGAAUGAAUGGAUACGAGAUUUCCUCAGAUACGAACACAAUUCUUGAGUUAUACAAGGCUUCACAAAUCAAGAUAUCCCAAGAAGAACCCAUUCUUGACAAAAUAGGGGUCUGGACAAGCUCUUUUUUGAAGAAACAAGUAAGGAGUCAGACAAUUGAAGACCCAAGACUACACAAAGAGGUGGAGUAUGCUUUGCAGCACCCCCUUGGUUAUCUCGACCGACUUGAUAAGAGGAGAACCAUUGAGCAAUAUGACAUAGACAAUCUUCAACUUCUUAAAACAUCUUGUAGUGGCUCCACAUUUUAUAACAGAGACUUGUGGUCAUUUUCACUGCAAGAUUUCAACAUUUGCCAAGCCAUACAGCGCAAAGAACUUAGAGAACUUGAGAGAUGGGGGGAAGUUACGGGAUUGGGUGGUCUCAAGUUUGCUAGGCAAAGGAUAGCAUCCUGCUAUUUCUGCAUCGCGGCCACUCUUUUCUCCCCCGAAUUAUCUGAUGCUCGCUCCUGUUGGGCCAAGAAUGCCUCUCUUGCCACGUUUGUGGAUGAUUUUUUUGAUGUAGGAGCCACCAAAGAAGAAAUGCUAAACCUUAUUGAAUUGGUUCAAAGGUGGGAUGGACUCUCAACUGCUGUUUACUGCUCUGAAAAUGUUGAGAUCCUAUAUUCUGCACUGCAUGACACCAUAAAUGAGCUUGCAGCCAAGGCUUUGAUACAGCAAGGACGAUGUGUCAAACAUCACCUAAUUGAAGUAUGGCUUGAUUUUCUCAAAUGUAUGAUGCAAGAGGACGAGUGGGUGAGAAGCAAGUCAGCAACGACGCUGGAAGAAUAUUUGCCCAAUGGCCGCAUAUCAAUAGCCUUAGGACCUACAGUUCUAACAACACAAUAUUUUCUUGGAUCAGCAUUAUCCGAGGAAAUAGUAAGAAGUGCAGAAUAUGGUAGUCUGUUCCUCCAUAUGGGCUGUACCGCACGACUUUUCAAUGAUCUUCAAACAAGCAAGAGAGAAAGCGAACAAGGGAAACUGAAUUAUUUGUCGUUGCUGGUACUGCACAGUCGUGGAGAAAUUACAGAAGAUGAUGCCAUGGAAACAGUGAGGGGAAUCAUUGAAAGUCACAGGAGACAGCUUCUAUCGAUGGUGGUCCAAACAAAAGGGAGCAAGGUUCCAAAGCCCUGCAAGGAUAUGUUUUGGGAGACAACCCAGGUACUUCGCUAUUUUUACAUGAGCAGCGACGACUACACCUCUACAAGCAAAACAAUUGGUGAUAUUAAAGCGGUCAUUCAUGAUCAACUCAGUCUCGCUCCAUGUCUAAGCUGAUAAAAAGACCAAAUAGAAAAGAAACAAUGAGAUUGAUCGGAAUAAUGGUAUGGUGAAAACAAGCAUUUGAAGUCUUUACGAGAUUAAAUUCAUGAACCGAUUGUUGGCUAUCAGGCUAUGUACUAGUUUAUGAUCAUGAACAUGUGUUGACCAGAAAACUGAAGAUCAUGAAUAUAUGCU